UUUCGGCGCGUUUGGUUAAGUUGCGGAAGUUCGCGUCCCCGUGGUCUUCGCUCCGACACGUCUGGUUUUGUCCGAAUUUCGUGCUGUGAACUCGCUGGAUUGCCAAUUGCAGCCGUUCGAUUUGGAAUUUGCAUAUCCUGCGAACCGAAAGCGGUUGAAGCUCCUUUACAGGAGGCGGAGGAGGAGGAUUCUUUGCCGCAGAUCCCCUGAAGCGGGAGGAAGGCCGCCACGUUGGAAGGAAAACGGCUUUUCACGGCAGUUAAUAAAUUUUUAACUGGUUCAACAAUUGCCCGCGAGUUCCGCCAGCUAAUGACGAGAAACGCGGCGGUGAGUGGCGAUGAACCCGACGAGGAGCAGACGUCAGCAGCGGAUGGCGCCGAGGGGGAGGAUCAGAACAGCCAGCUUCAGCUUCAGGAUCAGGAUCAGUCGGAGGAUCAGGUUGUCGGGCAGCCAGCCGACGAUGGCCACCUUCAGCCAUCCUCGACUGAGCAGCGCCGUCAGAGGCCGCGAAGGAGUAAGCAACCACAGCAACGAAGCGCUGCCAUUGUAACAGAUCCGGAUGCGGACACGGAUUCCAGCUCCUGCGAGGGCAUCAAAGUGGGUCAGCGGAGGAGCACGCGGGUCAGCUACGCACAGAGCAACCUUCAUGAGGAGCAGGAGGAACUGGACGACGACUACGACUACGACGACGAGGAGGAGGAGGAGGACGAGGGCGAAGAGGAUUACGAGGAGGAGGAAGAGUCGUACGACGACUACGAACAGUCCUCGAAAAUCGGAGGAGGACGUCGUCGUCGUCCGCGUCCUUCUCCUCAUCCCCAGACCGCCUUGAGUGUCCGCAGCAGACGCAAGACGAAAACCCAACGUCAAAUAUCCUAUGCCUCGUCGGAUUUGGAAUUGGUAACGGGAAUGGGUUACCCAGGCAAUGGGACGAACCUGAUCGAGGGCGAGUCCAUGGACAAGCGCCGCUGCAUCUCCAAGGGACAGAUGCGGGAAUUCCGCGAGGCCUUUCGGCUGUUCGACAAGGAUGGCGAUGGCUGCAUCACCAAGGAGGAGCUGGGCACAGUCAUGCGAUCGCUGGGCCAAUUUGCCAGGGUCGAGGAGCUGCAGGAGAUGUUGCAGGAGAUCGACGUGGAUGGCGAUGGCAAUGUUAGUUUCGAGGAGUUCGUUGACAUCCUGUCGAACAUGACAUAUGAAGACAAGUCGGGUCUCUCCUCCGCCGAUCAGGAGGAGCGGGAAUUGCGCGACGCCUUUCGCGUUUUCGAUAAGCACAAUCGGGGCUAUAUUACGGCCUCCGAUUUGCGCGCGGUACUACAGUGUUUGGGGGAAGAUCUCGACGAGGAGGAUAUUGAGGACAUGAUCAAGGAGGUCGAUGUGGAUGGCGAUGGGCGCAUCGAUUUCUACGAGUUUGUUCACGCUUUGGGGGAACCGGAGGAUUCGCAAGAAAACGACGACGAGGAGGAGAAUACCACAUCGCCGCUACCCACACCGAAAUCGGCGAUUUCUCUCAGCUACGACUAAGCGAUAAUCGACUUCGUUACAUGUCCAUAUUAAUCGAUUACGAUUACAGACAGAUUAAAGUAACAGUUAAUAAAAAUAAUAAAUUAAUUCGAUACUCGAGCCACAAAUGGUCGACCUGCAAUAAUGUGAACCGCUAAGGAUGUUCAUCAAUAAUCGAACGACAAAAGACUCGAAAGGUAUCGCUUAUUUCUUAUCGACUUUUUUCGACUACUAAGCCAUAUAGUUAAUCGAUAGGAAAUCGAUUGACCAGCAUUAGCCAAACAGUUUAAACUGAUAACUCAUCAAAUUUAUUACAUUUAAAUUGAGAAAUUGAGAGCACGCACAGCUAAUCAAAUUGAAAUGAUUAUUAAAUAUAUAUAGCCUAUUGAAUAAUCGAAUUGCAAACAAACUUAACCAAUAAACGAUUUACUUUACAUCGAUAUAUGAGAAAAACUAACUCCAAUUUUAAAAUCGCGAUCUAAAAUCUACCUUUCCACUCAAGUCCAAUUGGAAAUCAAAACUAAUUUUAGCUUGUAACCAAUAAAGAUAACUUAUCCAUGGGAUUAUCCAACUUAACAGCACAAAUACAUAUAUAUUUCAAGACAUAUCAUUGAAGACGCCUCUGUAAAUGUGUUUUGUAAGCCCGCCCUAUUGAACCCAUCCUUAUAAAUAUAUAUAUAUAUACCCCAUACCCCUUAGCUCUCCCUCUCCCGUGUUAUUUCCCAUUUUCUCUUACGAUUUUUGACUUGCAUCGUAUAAUAUGGAAUACAUUUAUUUAUUUAGGAAAUAUUUGCUCAAUUAUUGCUGCUGCCGUAGAGCAGGAAAAAAUAACAAAACUAAUGCUCGCUAAUACGAAAGUUUUUUAAGUAUUGAACGAACAAUUUAAUGUAAUUUACAAUUUACAAUUUUAAUCCAAAUUUCGAAUCGAAAAUCCAAAAAAAAAAC